AUGAGCCGAAGGUACGAUUCGCGGACGACAAUCUUCUCGCCCGAGGGGCGGCUCUACCAGGUCGAGUACGCCAUGGAGGCCAUCUCGCACGCCGGCACCGCGCUCGGCGUCCUUGCGAGCGACGGCGUCGUCCUCGCUGCCGAGAAGAAGAUCAGCUCCAAGCUGCUGGAGCCGUCAAAGAGCUCCGAAAAGAUGUACAUGGUGGAUGACCACGUGGCCUGCGCGGUCGCGGGCAUCACUGCCGACGCCAACAUCCUCAUCAACCAGGCCCGGCUGCACGCGCAGCGCCAUCUCUACAACUACCAGGUGCUGACAAAGACGGCCGACGCGACGACGCUCACGCCCGACAACUUCGACAUCGUCACCCUCACGCGCGCAGACGGCGUCGUCAAGUACGCGCAGCUCACCGAGGCCGAGUCGCAGAAGCUGCUUGACAUUGCCAAGGCCGAGUCCGCCGCGGCCGACGCGUGA